AUGCAGGCCUACUUGGCGACAUCGAUGUUACCAAUGCAGCAAGCGUGCAGUGCCAGCGCCGCUUAUUCGGAGCCGGAGAUCGCGUGCAUUUGCGAGGCACUUUUCGCCGAGUCCUAUCAAACCGGAAAUAUUGAUCGAUUAGAGCACUUCAUUUCUCAACUCGACUAUCGAGCUCAAAGCUUGGAAUGUGUGCUGAAAGGGUUCGCGCUGAUCGCUUUCUACAAACAGAAUUGGAAAUACCUCUACAAAUUGUUGGAGUCCCACAAAUUCUCCGUCGGUAACCACCAGGUGCUGCAAGAUCUCUGGCUGCGCGCUCAUUACACCGAGGCUGAAAAGACGAAAGAAAGAGAGCUAGGCGCGGUUUGCAAGUACCGAAUAAGGAAGAAAAAUCCGUUCCCACCGGGUAUUUGGGAUGGUGAGGAGACGAAUUAUUGCUUCAAGGCCAAAUCACGUCUUUCCCUGCGUGAAGCUUAUAAGAAAUGCGCCUAUCCGUCAGUGGAAGACAAAAGGAAAUUGGCUCAACAAACUGAACUGACGGUGGUACAAGUGAGCAAUUGGUUUAAAAAUAAACGACAAAGGGAUCGAGCAGCUGGGAAUUUGGAUCGGAGUGGAAAAAUCGAUUCGGAUGAGGGUUCUUCUGGAUGUGAUUCGAAACCGCCAGCUUCUUUAUCAGCUGAUUCCUCGUUUUCACCUGACGUUGCCACCCAAAUGGCUCAUAUGAAUCAUCAAAUGUCUCAAAUGGCCACCAUGACACAGAUGGGAAUGCAGACAGCGAACCUCUACCCGUCUCCGUAUGCGAGCUAUUUCCAAACGCCGCUUAGCCUUCAGCCAACCACCGCCUAUGACCUCCAAAUCCCGACCACUUUCACGACGCUGCAAAAUUUG